AAAAAAUAAAGGGUUAGCCCCAGACUUUUAACUAAAACUUUUAUCCGGUAUCGUAUUAUCUGACAAUUGUUGUCAGUCGCUUGCUUGGUGUCAUGGCUUCAUAUCAAGAUGAAUCAUAUCGGAUUUACGAAGUUGUUAAAGCUGUAAAAAGAAGCGAAUGGCCGCAAUUUGCAAAAAUAAAACUGGAGUUGACAGAAGUUGAGAUUGAAGAAUGCGAAUACAAUUAUCAAAUGCAAGGAAUGAUUGAACAGAGAUAUCAGAUGGUCCUGACAUGGCAAAGAAAAAAGGGAAGAACUGCUACCGUUGAACUUCUUGAACAACUUAUGGAAAAUUGCCAUGAAAGACCUCAACAAAGGGCUCCUCUGCCACAGGAAGUCCGACUAGCGCAAAGGCAAGAUUCUUCAUUAGCAAGCCCCUCAGGGGAUGCCCCAUCAUAUCCCAAUAUAGGAGGAAAUUCAAUAAGUGAACAAAGUGCUAAUGUAUCAUUCAGGAGUGCCACAGAAUUUCAAAAUUCUGCGUCGAAUGUUACGUCUGGUGACACUAAACAGAUGCCACAGAAGGGAAACGUAAAUAAUGGAGAUUAUAAAUAUAAAGAAACUGUGCCAAAGAAAGCAUUUACAGGGGACAGUGCAGCAGUGCCCUUGCCAACUAAAAUAUCACUUCAGAUUGAAGACCCAAACGGAGUCCAAGAUUCUGAAAUCAGAAGAAUGUCAUCAGGAUCUAAUGAUUCAAGUCUUCAUGGAAGAGCAAGCCCUGUUGCUGGAGAUGGAAAAAAAUCUGGAAGUUUCAGGAAAAAAGCAAAAAAUGCAUUCAAAGGAUUCUUUUGGUCGCCUGGCUCGAAAAAGAAGAUUACUGAAGCACCCCGUGUGGAAGCCCCUUCAUUGGAAGACAUUGAAGACUUGUGUGGACUUGUGAAAAAUAUUGAAGUGAUUCCUUGUGAUAGAAAUGAUUAUAAGAAAAGUCUCACAGAUGAGGGGAUCUACAGCAUCACUAAACCAAAGGGCUUAGCUUUGAUUUUAAACAACACUUUCAAAGGCACCAAAAAUGAGCGUAAAGGGGCUGAAAUAGAUGUGAAAAAUAUGACAACUCUCUGGAAGAAAUUUGGAUGCGAAUUAUAUGGAAAUAAAACUUUUCCCAAACCCUGGGAAAGUGACAAAACUGGAAAACAAAUGAAGGAUUUGCUUGGUGAAGUGAGUGAAAUCAAGACAAAGUAUAGCUUCAUUGUGAUAGUGAUCAUGACUCACGGGGGAAUGUACAAUGGAAAACUCGUGUUUAGAGGCAGUGAUCAAGAAAUGGUGGAAGUUAAAGAUAUUGAGAAGAUGUUCUUCAACACCAAAAAUGGUAACUUGCACAACAUUCCUAAGUUCUUCGUUUUUCAAUUUUGCCGGGGAACGAUAAAAGACCGAGGCACUGUUGCAGCUGAUAAUGAAAUGAUAGAAACUGGGAUGAGAAAUUUUGCAAAACCCAGCGUUCAAACAGAUGGUGCUGAAAGAAUACCAACGUCAUCUGAUAUUGUUGUUGCAUAUGCUACACAUGAAGAACAGACGGCUCUUCGAGAUAUCUAUGAGGGUUCCUGGUUUAUUAAUGCAAUAACGAAUGUCUUCAUGCGCCAAGCAGCGGAGAACCAUGUCGCUGACAUGCUGACGAACGUAAAUCGAGCAAUGAAAGGAAAAACAGCACUGUACAGUGAAACGGAUAGUAACGGCGAUGUCACUGCUUCGUAUGAAAUAAAAGCGAUGAGUGAGCAAAAAACCAGCUUAUCACAGCGUUUCUAUCUCUUCCCAGGAUUUCCAAAGUAACUCAAUAUUAUUCAUUGACCAGUGGUUCUUGAACUUUCAUGGCCCUUUCAAAGAUACUCAAUGCUCUUCAACAGAAAAGCAUGGUUUUAUUUUUAUUGGAUUGGUCAUGGCAAAUGGUACCUAGGUGACCUUUGCUUGUGGCCCCCUUCUGAAGAUUCUCAACACUCUGUGGCCCCCGUUCUUCAAUAACAAAACACAGUUUUGUUUUUGAUGUGUUCCCGAUCGGCAAAUAUAAUCUUGUCGAAUUGUUCAUGAUGAGACCUUCAUUCUCCACCUUCAAGUAGACUGCUUCGUCGUCCCCUUAGUGUAGAAGAAGGCUCAGUUUCAGAAACGCUGAUCUAGAUGUUCCACGACUCGUAAUAUGCGAGGUGGCUUGAAUUAUUUGUGUUUAAACUGUUUUCCUGACCACAUGACUUCAACGGCUUCGAGUCUUACCUAAACUGGUAUCUACUGCCACCUAGUCACCUCUCCACGUUCAUACAUCUGGUUCAAAUGAAUGGCUAACUACUCCCAUACCAGACAUGGACUGGUAACCGAGAACAGACUUGACGUACGAUUGAGCCGUCUCAUGGACUUUCCUUUCGACCUGGAUAAAUAUGAAAAUCUGGUAUUUUUUGGCAUCUCAGUGGUGUCGCAGCUUCAUUCAAAAUGGGUUUCUAGUAUUUCUGAAUGAAAAUACAUGAUUCUCGUUACAUUUUGCAUCAACUAUCGGAAUAAUCUUCCAUUUUAUGUUUCUAUGUUUUACAAAAACUUAAAAAUGUGUAUAAAUUUUUCAACCAAAUAAAUUAUUUACUCCUAAUUCUUUGUUUUUCUAAGAAAUGCCAUUCUUUGCGUUGCGUUCUUCCAUAUAACCGCAUGUUAAACCCUGGUGCCCUUUCUUUGUUUACUUAUAGUGCCAAAUAUUUGUAACCGUAUCUUAACUAAAACCUUUUCUCAUUUUGCUCCUUCCAUUUAGCAGCCCAUUGUGACCAGUUGUUUGUUUUUUUGUUCUUAGAUGCUACUUCUCAUGAUUUAUUAGCAUUGCAUAUAAUUGCUGAAGCAUUUUAAAUAGUUUAAAAAAGUAUGUAGAUUUUAUAAAUUCGUGUGAUUGUGUUUUAAUUUUGAAUUAUUUUUUGCUUUUUUAUUUUUCCGUGUCGAUUUAGUGUAUUAUUCUGUGAUCAAUUUUUUUUCUCGCAUCAUUAUUUUAAUACUCUUUUAUCAUAAUUUCCACUUUGUUAAAUUAUUCAAAAUUUAUGAACGGGUAUUCAUGAGAAAAAAAGUUAAAAAUCUGGGUGGUCCGAACCUUGGCAUGCGGUCCACAUAAAUAAUAAAAACGCCACUGAUGUAACAUAGCAAUAAGCUGAUUAGAACGGUAACUUCUCACUUUUUAAUACAUUUAAAGUAAUGAAACUUGCAGUAUUCUGAUCACUUUGAAAAAAAUGCCAUGGUUUUAUAUACAAACAGGCACCACCUCAAUUUGGUUUCUGAGAGACUAACUACCUUCUAUGCUUUUGUGUCGGCGGAUCCAUAUGCAUAUAAUGCAAGGAUGCUAUAGCAAGAGAACAUGACCCUUGAAUCACUCUAUUAACUGUAUGUCACAAAAAAAGAUGAGUCCUUUUGGUUACAAAGUGCCCCUUUUUCUUUUUACUCCUUCCGUUUAGCAGCCUAUUGACUGAGUUUAUUUAGCUUUUUUGUUCUUAGAUGCUAUUUCUCAUGGUUUAUCAGCAUUGUCUAUAAUUUCCAAAGUUUGUAAAUUUUAAUAAUUCGCGUAAUAGUAUGGAAUUAUUUUUUGCUUUUUUAUAUUUCUGUAUCGAUUUAAUUCAAUAUUCUGUGAUCAAGAUUUUACCCGCAUCUUGAUUCUAAUAUUCUUUUCCUACGAUUUCCACUUUGUUAAAUUUACCUCCGUCCUGCUGUUUCAUUCAAAUUUUCAGCGACGUUCACGAGAACAAAAUUUGAAAUCCUUAUUAUGAAGUUUUCACUUACAACAAAGCCAUGAACAAGCAGGCACGACAUAGCAUUGUCUUUAUCCAUUCAUCAGUUUGUUUUAUCAACAUCUGAACUUUAGUCAUUGAGUUUAUAUCUGAGUUGUCCAAACUCUGGCACGUAGGCCGCCCCGCCCUUAUGCCAAAUAAAGCCACCGAUACAACAUAACAAUAGGCUGAUCAGAAUGGUAACUUCUCACUUUUUAUUACAUAUAAAGUAAUGAAACUUGCAGUAUUCUGAUCACUUUUGAGUUUCUCCGACUGCAGCCCGCAAGGCUGUCUCAAAUUUUUUUUCUCUGGUCCAAUCUCUCAUUCUUGGACCACCCUGAUUUAUAUCAUAUAUUAUUACAACUGUAUUGUACUACUUUAUUCCAUAAAAAU